AUGCACAAAGAUGUCUUCUCCGCUCACCUAACACUUCAUUGGCACUGGGUAGUGGACAAGCUGGGAUUCCUAUUUGAUGGUCUCCUAAGGCAAGUGCAAAUUUGUGAACUUUCAUCUUGUCAUUUCAGAGUCUACCUAACUUAACCCUAUGUAUUAUUACCAUGUGGUAAAAGUUUUAACUAUUUCUGCUCUAUGUAUACUCAAUGCCUAAACUAAAUGCACUAACUAGGAUAUAACAUGUGAUAUGACAGUGACAGUCCCAAACUCACCAUGGUGGUUGAAGAACUGAGACGAUUCCUCGGAGGCAGUGAUACUUCCUUAAAACUCUUCACAAAGUUCUGGCACUCCUAUGGCCACCCGAGAUCCUACGUCAGCCAGAGAGAAGCAGAGUUGGCCGUCAAACUGUCAGAGCUUAAGGCUGCCGUGAGUGUGAAUCCACAAGACUCCAUGGAGACCUUGUCAACUAAAGUGAAGCUACUGGCUGGGACUUCAUUGUCUGGACACAUUUGGGAAGUAACAGUCACUAUUGAGCAGGGAAAAAUAGAACAUCUUGAAGAAGGUAAUUUAAUGACAAACAAACAUGUUGACUCAGUUAUUUACUGGAAAACUUUGUUAAAGUAACAAAAAAUUAUCCUAACUAGAUAAGAUCCACAGACCUUUCAUUAAGCUUACUUAUAGCUAAGAACUCAUUUAAAACCAGGAUUUUUAGUAGAUAAGCUUGCAGUAUGCUUCCAUUUCAGGGAGUGGACAUUUCUGAAUAGAAAAAUUCUUCAAGCUACUUAUAUUACAUUACAUUCACUUAUAUUACAUUACAUUUACAGCUCUACAAACAUUGACAUCAGUCCUUGCUCAAUCUGGACUCAUGAAAUCAAACAAGAGUGCCAC